GGAAUUUAUUUUGGGUGGGAUAAAUUAACUUAGAAUCGUAUUUUGCUAAUACAGUUGAACCUUUCAAGAACGAAAUUCUCGCGGCAACGAAGAAAUCUGGCGGCCCCAGCGAACGUCCAUAGGGUUCAAUGCAUUUGCACCCUCUCAACAGCAAAGAGUUUUAAAAAGCAGUCCCGCAUUAACGAAAGUUUGAGGUAGUGAUCUGCCAUAGAGUUAUUCAAUGUGUCUACCAAGUUGGCAUUUUCAAAUUCCCUGAGUUUUUCAGGUUUCCUCUGAGUACUUUUGUGAAAUUCCCUGAGUGACACAGAACUUUGUUUUAGGUCAAGAUGGGCGGACACCAUGUCGCCACAUGCUGUCACUCUCUAAAAAGCAUGUCAUAAAAUAAAAUAACAACACAAUACAGUUUUGAUGAUAGCGAGUAACUUUUAUUAGAUUUAAAAAGAAAACAGAACGAAGUGGUUAGUAAAAUUGAUAGCGAAUAAAGUAUAAAAAAAGGUAAACUGAGGUUUACGUGACCCCCCCGGGUCUGGUCAUGUGACCUGGGGGGGGGGGGGGGGGGGGGGGUGUCGAGACCUGACGGCGACGCCGCUCAAGCCGGAAACGGGAGCAAUAACAGGGAAAGGAAAGGGUAAACAAACAUAAGGCGUUCAAAGUGCGAUUGCUCAACCCUUGUUGUCAAAACACUCCACCUAACAAAAUCUUUUUUUUUUUUUUUUUUUUUUUUUAUUUUGGGGUGAAGGAGUCGCACAGUGACAGCGGUGUUUGCACGCGACCGUUCCAACAGCGGGCACUCCCUGCCCUCCCCACGCGCGCAGGUGCCCUUCCCCUUGCUUUUGCCAUCCUCCACUUCUUUUGUUUUUAUUGGUUGCUUUUUUUAUUUUUUAUACAAUUGCUUUUUCGCUGCGCAUCCCCGCGUGCGCGUAUGCUGGGUUGGCGGUCUGCCAGCCUUGCAACCCGAGCUGUGUGCUCCCUGCCGGCGCAAUCCAACCUAUAGGGAGAAGCGAAGAACGGCCUUCGUUCGCUACAUCGAGUGUCCCCUCCAUGGGAGUUAUGGGCAUUCGAUACAGAAAAACAAUGCAAUUUUCUAGGGGAUGUUUGGACUGUUUCAUAUAAACAAUAAUUCGAUAUACGGGUGUGAUAUAACCGGGUUCAACAGUAUGUUUGGCCGUCUCCCUUAAUUUCCAGAUACCUUCGUUCGUUUGGCACGUAUAUCCCCGAUGCUAGAAAGCGCCGACGUUGUGUUCGCGCUGAGAGUGUCCGACAGUGCACAUAAAUACACGUGCGAAGCCGUUUUUGCACCGUUUUUUUUUUCCCCAUAGAAAUGCAUUACCGGAAGUCAAUUUUCGACUGGUUGCUGUCUGCUUCAACUUGCGUCGGCACACUAGCACCACUUGAACCUCUAGCGUACAUUACAAUAACCCUACGCGAUCUGCAACAUUUUUUCGUCAAAUGAGCCAGUUUGGAACCCAGAAUUGUGAAAAAUGGAGCAGUACACUCGUCCGACAAGUUGGGCACAUACGUUUCCGACAAGCAUCGGCGCGGCCAUUGCUGUUUACAUUCGGUCAAAUAAUGAUGACAAUGGCAACUAUACCGUAAAGUUCCGAGAGAACGCCCCCGCCCGAAACCUCGCCCACCCACCUUUUUGGACGAAAUAUAUAUUUUAAUAAAGUUCCCAAACAUCGCCCACCCCCUAAAAAUCGCAGUAGCUUCGACGCAUUCGAAAGCCCGGGAAGCCCCCGCCGCGAACAUACCUCUGGAAAAACCGAUGACUCGUCCGCAAACACCGCCAGUGACCCGAUUUCUAACAAAAGAGAAGAUCUUUUCCGGUUAGAUUGAUAAGAUAAGGGCGAACUAGAAGUGAAUCAUUCAAGACGUCCGGGUACAAAGGAAAAGAAGAAACAGCUCAAGCAAACAAACUCCACACUAGUAGACAGUCAUUCCUCUGCGUGCCCCGCAGCUGUUCACCUGCCCUCGCUUCCAGCAUCGACCAUGAGGAAUAGCUACACCAUCCAGAGAAAGGUGGAAGUUGUCCAGUGGCACAAGAAGAAUGGAGACAACGUAAGCAAAACUGCAAGACAUUUUGAGCUGGACAGGAAACGUGUUCGCGAAUGGAGCACCAACUACCAGUCCCUUCUGCAGCAGUGCCACGGCAAAAACAAAUUCAAGAGAGCCAUCAACAACGGACGGCCGGUCUUCAGCGAAGAGCUCGAUGAAGCACUCAUGGACUUCUUGGAUACCGAGCGGGCGGCGGGGCGAGCGGUGAGCAACCGCGUCCUUCAAGAGCACGCACGCAAGUUGGCGGUUCAGAUGAACCUGGGCAACUUCGAAGCUUCGAACCACUACCUGGCCCGCUGGAAAGCCCGCUUCAAUGUGUCGAUGCGAGUGGGGACGAACGAGAGUCAGAAGCUGCCGGCUGACUACGCUGACGCAAUCUCCGUCUUCCGGAGGGCUGUGGGAAGCCUGCGCCUGGAGCACAGUUACUCCAACUUUAGUAUAGCCAACAUGGACCAAACCAUGGUACGCAUGGACUGCCCAGCCAAGCGGACAAACAACGUUGCCGGCGAAUCAAGCAUCCGCAUCGUGAACACAGGCUGUGCGCGUCGUGGACUGACGGUUGCACUCUGUGCAACAGCUGCGGGCAUCAAACUCCCGGCUCUCAUCGUGCUCAAGGAACCGAUGGGCCGGAUCCCGCCAAGGGCACUGUUCGCACUUCAAAUCCCAGGUAUUGUCUCAAUUUCCGCGUGCGGCCAAUGUUACUUCUGGUUUGCCCAAACAAAUUUCAGCAUAAAAAUAAGUUGAAAACAUGCACUCACGCCUUUCGCAUAAAAAAAAAAAAAAAGUUUUAGGACAGCGUUGUUUUGUGAACGAUAUAAAAAGCGCCUUCCACAUGUAUUUGUGCAUUUCUAGUAGAGGGCGCUGCAUGGGUUCGUCACAAGUUUUGUUUUUUCAUCAAUACCGUCAAUACUACGCAGCGAUGCGGCGAUGCUUUCGUGUUUGCGGCUGCUCCGGUUGUUGGUGGUUGGCUUUGCCGGAGUUUGGAAUGAAACCGAAUCUCGGCUCCUUUCAGAAAAUGUGAGAGUGACCUGUUCAAGAAACGGAUGGAUGACUACGCCGGUCUUCCUCGAAUGGGUGCGGAGGGUGUGGGGUGCCAACAAAGACGACGUGAGGCGGCUGCUCGUCUUGGACCAGGCGCCCAUUCACAAGACAGAGGCAGCGCGGGAGGCCCUCGACGGGAAGGAAACCGACGUUGUCUUCAUUCCUGGCGGGUGCACGUCUAUUCUCCAGCCAGCAGACGUGUGCUGGAUGAAGCCCUUCAAAGAUGCUCUCAGGAAUCGUUGGUCCUCCUUCUUGCGGGAAGGGGCUGUCACCGCCAAAGGGAACCUCAAGAAGCCGUCGCGUCAGGAUGUCGUCAGCUUCGUGUCCGAGGCUUGGGCAUCUCUAUCGGAGGAGGCCGUCCUGACGUCGUUCAAGCGCUGCGGCAUCUCAACACGCCUCGACGGCUCAGAAGACGGGGAGUUGAACCACCGCCUGGCCUCUGUAAGCGACGAACCAGCGAUGGGGCCCGAAGCUCGGGAGAGCAUAGUGGACGAAGUAGUGCAACUCGUCUUUGACAGCGACAGCGAUGAGUCGUUCGAUGGAUUUAGCGAUGACGAGUGAGCAAUAAAUGCGUAUGCACCGCUGAUCUGUCAAAUGCAGCCAUUUUUUUUGUAGUUUUUGGCCCUUGGCCCGAAACUUCGCCCACCCCAUGUUUUUCACCAUUUAUCUCUUAAUUUUGGGUGGGCGUUCUUUCGGAACUUUACGGUAUGCUUUUUUUUGGGGGUUGGUGAAAACAGCGUUUUGCUAGCCCAUCUGUUGGCAACUACCUAGGUACGUGACGACACCGCCUGCUGCUAUUUCGCCGUCCGCCGCGUGCACGCCGAGAUCGCUCGCGCCUUGUUUACUACCUUUUGUUUGGCCUGUCGGAAAGAUGCCGCCUCCCAUUAAAAAGUUUAAGUUUUUUGCACUUCAGAAGAACUCUGCGAUCACUGCCAAAGCCAGAAAGAAGUCUGAUAUUACAGAGGAGUUCAGUAUCCUUUGCUUCUCGCUUUCUACGAUUCUGAAAUCCAAGGACAGCAUCAUGAAAAGUAAUAGGUGUGCUUAGUUGUCCAUUUCUGCAGCAGCGAAAUUCUUGCGAGAACGAGAAACGUUUCCUUCCCCCGCGGUUUGGUUAUUACGGGUGUGAUGAUGUGACUUAAUGUGGAAAAGAAGUGCAAGUCAACCCAUGGAUCGGCCUGGAGGGAGAAACGAAGAAGAGAGAUUUUGGAGUGCGUGCUCAGAGGGCGUGAAAAGGACUGGCCGGGAGAUUGUGCAGAGAGCGGAACGACACGAUCGGCCAGGGCAAUCGGCGGCCUCCUACUGUCUGACCAGCAGCCUGUUCCAGCGAGGGCAGCGAAUAGAAACCUACGCUGCCCCCGGCUUCCUACAGCGGGAGCGCUUGGUGCGGUAACUCUGGGGCCGCCGACGGAAGCCAACCGCUCCCGCUCCUGACUUCCAGCCACAACCGUGGGCCGACAACGACAGCACAAGACACACUGCUGCACAGGGACUCAAAGACAUGGUGACUGAUGCGUUUUCCUUUCUUUAACUAAGUUUUCUUUUUUUGUAUAAGCAUAUGAACCCUUUGAUUUUUUUUUGUAAAUACAAGUUUUCAUGAAAAACGAAGGA